AUGGUUUUCUAUUUUACAAGUAAUGUUGUUUCACCACCAGUAACUCUUUUUAUGGGUGCUGAUAAACAUGAAAACGAAGAUUUAAUCAAAUGGGGCUGGCCAGAAGAUGUUUGGUUUCAUGUUGAUAAAGUUUCUUCUGCCCAUGUCUAUCUUCGCUUGGCACCAGGUCAAACAAUAGAUGAUAUACCAAAUUCAGUACUAGAUGAUGCUUGUCAAUUAGUUAAGGCUAACUCCAUAAUGGGUAAUAAAAUGAAUGAUAUUGAUAUUGUUUACACAAUGUGGGCAAAUUUGAAAAAAACUCCAAGCAUGGAGGUAGGACAAGUGGCUUUCCAUAAGGAUCGAGAUGUAAGAAAAGUAAGAGUUGUCAAAAGAAUUAAUGAAACUGUAAACAGACUCAAUAAAACAAAAAGAGAAUCAUUCCCAGAUUUAAGGUUAGAAAGAGAAAGUAGAGAUAGGCUGGAAAGAGAAGAUAAAAAGAAAAUAUUGAGGGAGAAGAAAGAAAAAGAAAAGGAAGAGGAAAAACGAAAAAAAGAAGAAGCUGAAUUAAGAAGUUAUUCUACCCUUAUGAAAAAAGAAAAUAUGAGUACUAAUUAUGAUGGAAAUGAUUCUGAUGAAUUUAUG